CUCCACGUCCCGUCGUCCCUUCCUGUCGGGCUCCUAGGGCCAUGGCCCAUGGCUGGUCCUAGGUCAGGCAGGUGGACUGUCGAGGCGGACGGGACUGCUCUCGCUCUCUUCUCUUGGCUUACUUUCUUAAAGGACGCUUCUUCCCACAUGAAUUGUGAUUAACUUCCUUCUCUCUUUUCUAGAUCAUCCGGAAGACUCAAUCCAUUGUGCUUUUCUCCUAAUCACUGACCAUCCCUUGUCCUUGGUCACUUAUAAACUUUCCAAUCACUGCCCACCUUCGCACUUGAGACACAUACUCACAUCGGCUCUUUAUAAGCCCUCUCACAAGCCACAAACAUUUUCCUUCCACGCAACAAAGAAUAACACCACAAUCACCAUCUCCAACGAACUUGCUCAAGUUUCAAUAAACAAUUCUUCACUCGAGACCAUUGGCUACAAGCACAAUGGCUCCCGAUCUCAACUCACUUCCCUCUUCGCCUCUGGCGCAACCCGCCAAUGGCAAGUCUGCCAACGGCAACGGCAAUGGCGCACCGAGCGCGAAGCAGCCCAAUAUCCUCUUCAUCAUGGCCGACCAACUGGCCGCGCCCCAGCUCAAGAUGUACAACCCCGAGUCACAGAUCAAGACACCAAACCUGGAUGCUCUUGCCGCCGAGUCUGUUCAGUUUGACUCUGCCUACUGCCCCUCCCCGUUGUGCGCGCCAUCGCGCAUGAGUUUGAUCACCGGUCUUUUGCCCAUGAAGAUUGGUGCUUACGACAACGCCAGCCAGAUCUCCAGUGAGAUUCCCACCUACGCCCACUACCUGCGUCUGAAGGGCUACCAGACUGCGCUGGCAGGCAAGAUGCAUUUCAUCGGGGAUCAGCUUCACGGCUACGAGACUCGUUUGACUAGCGACAUUUACCCCGGCGACUUUGGCUGGGUCGUCAACUGGGAUGAGCCAGAUACCCGCCUUGAGUGGUACCACAACUCCAGCUCCAUCCUCCAAGCCGGCACUUGCGUGCGAAGCAACCAGCUGGAUUACGACGAGGAGGUCAUGUUCCGCUCCACUCAGUUCCUGUACGACCACGUCCGUGAGGGUCCCGAGAAGCGCCCUUUCGCUCUCACCGUGUCUUUGACUCACCCUCAUGACCCCUACACGAUUGAGGACAAGUACUGGGAUCUCUAUGAGGACGUCGAUAUUGCUCUGCCCAAGGUUCGCAUUCCCAAGGAAGAACAGGAUCCCCACAGCAAGCGUCUCAUGAAGGUCUGCGAUCUUUGGGACUACGAUUUCACCGACGACCAAAUCAAGCGGGCUCGCCGCGCAUACUACGGCGCUGUCAGCUACGUUGAUGACUGCGUCGGAAGGCUCUUGUCCGUUCUCAAGAAGUGCGGCCUGGACGACAAUACCAUCAUCGUCUUCAGCGGCGACCACGGCGACAUGCUCGGCGAGCGUGGACUGUGGUACAAGAUGAGCUACUUUGAGUCUUCCGUCAGAGUGCCGCUGUUUGUCCGCCACCCCAAGGACUUUGAGCCCCAUCGUGUGGACAAGAACGUUUCUACCCUCGACAUUCUUCCGACGCUGUGCGAUUUGGUCGGCACGAAGCCUGCUCCUGGUCUACCCAUGGAUGGUGUUUCAUUGCUGCCCCAUCUUCAGGGCAAGACUGGCCACGACAAGGUCUACGCAGAGUACACCGGCGAGGGCACUGUCAGUCCGCUCAUGAUGAUCCGAGAGGGCCCUUGGAAGUACAUCCAUUGCCCUGCAGACGGCACCCAGUUGUUCAAUCUCAAGCACGAUCCGCUCGAGCUGGUCAACCUGGCUUCAUCCAAGGCCAUUACCGGCAAGCUGCUGGACGAGGAAGCCAAGGCAAAGCUUGACGAGUACAACGCCGAGACGAAGGCCAAGUGGGACUUUGAUGCCAUCACCGAGCAAGUCUUGCAGUCUCAGCGCAAGCGUCGCCUUGUAUGGGGCGCUCUUACCCAGGGCCAGUUCACUAGCUGGGACUACGACCCCGUUGAUGACGGUAGAAUGAAGUACAUCCGCUCGCAGAUUCCUCUGGACGACCUCGAGCGUCGCGCUCGAUACCCGCCCGUGGACAAGUACGGUCGGGAGGUUGACCGCGCCACAACUGGCCACAGAGUUCUUCACGACCAAGCUGGAUCUCACGGCCAGUAAAUCUUUGCAUAUUCAUGAUGAUAACGACACCAAAAUGCAUGUCACAGGGGCGUUGGGGCAUAUCAUUUGAUUUACAGCACGC